GAGAGAGGUCCGAAUGGAUAGAGCAGUCGUUCCUUCAUCAACAAAGCGGUUUGAUGGAGAGGUUGUGACCCAGGCGAAGGGUGUCUCAAAAGCUCGAUCCUUUCUGUCCAGGGUUUUCCGGGUGGCCAUUCCCCUACAGCUCCUCAUCCUCCUGCUGUUACUCCUGGCCUGCCUUGUUCCUUUCACCCAGGAGGACUACAACUGUGCCUUGGCAAACAACUUUGCACGCUCCCUGUAUCCAAUGCUGCGAUACACCAAUGGCCCACCACCAACAUGACCCUCCAUGGCUUCCACUGCCCCCUCAACACCCUCUGUCCCAGCCUGACCGCCUUAACCCCUGACCCCACCCCACCCAAGCCAUAGUCAUCGGUUUCAGUCUCUAUGAUAAUAACAUUCUCUGCAAAGUGUCGGAAUCUCCAGUUGUGCAUGUUUUCCGAAUGGCUACUUUUAUCAAGACUGUCACAAACCUCUCCUUUCUGUGGGUCGGCUUUUUCUUUUCAUUUUAGUGGCCCUGCUGCCUGUGAACAGAGCCGAGGUCACUGACCACCCGUGGGUGGGAGAUCCUUACCCCCACACCACUCCCACUGCAUUGCCUGCAGUUAUCCCCAGCCAGCUCCACAGGAUCUUACCCGAGAUGUGGCUCAGGACUCCAGGCACUCCCUUUCUGAGUCCCUUUUGCACAUGGCCCACACACUCUCUCACCCCCUCCCCUGCAUCCACACUCUCCCCUAUUCCCGCUUUGUGUCCCAUCCACCCCAGGUCUCCCUCCCUCUCUAUAAAAUCCCCCUCCUUCUCACUCUUUCUGUACGCCAAUUCUCAUUCAUUCUCUCUCCCUGCCCUUCCACUUUUAACCUCCACCCCCUGGUACCCCACCCUUUCCCAGGCUGGGACUUCCUCGAUUAUGAAGCAGGGAUCUGGUUAAGUCUUGAUUUUAAUAUCCAGCCAACACUGGUCAAUUUGAAUUUGGGAAGUGAAUAUUUUGGAACUAAGCAAUGUAAAUAUAUUUGUAUUACAACGUGUGGGAUUCACAAUCCUAUUUCCCUACUGCAUGAUGUAUAAAUGUAACCCUUUCUGGGAUGUUUUGUCAAUUAUGAAAACUGUAGAACAGCUUCAGGGAACUUUACAAUCUGGAAUAUAUUAUUGAGAGUGAGAGCUAUUUCUAUAUUGUACAGUAGACUGUGAUUUUUAGUCGGGGUGGGAGGGUCCUGUGAAAUGAACAGGAUUGCCAGGAUGUUUAAGCUGUGUGUUUAUUGAAUUAAUUUCUGAUCAUGAGGUGAUACACUGACACAAUCAGGUUCCUGCAUCAAACAGCAGCUUCUAUUUGUAUUCAAUGGAAAUAAAUUUGGGACUUUAA